CGCUCACACUCUGGUUUCGCAUUUGCUCUCCCUCUAAGCUCUAACCCUCAGUCCUUCCGUUUUUCAGAGUAAUGGCGAUCUCCUUCCUCUCCACAUUCAAGCCCAUCGCCUUCUUUCCCACCCAAAAAUCCUCCCCGACGCCGCCGCUCUCCUGCUGCAAUCUCUCCCUCCCCACCGUCACCAUCACCGAGCCCGAACCCGUCUUCACUUCCGUCCAGACCUUCGCCCCCGCCACCGUCGCCAACCUCGGCCCGGGCUUCGAUUUCCUAGGCUGCGCCGUCGAUGGCCUGGGCGACCACGUCUCCGUCACCGUCGACCCUUCCGUCCACCCGGGAGAGAUCUCCAUCACCGAGAUUUACGGCACCCACGCCUCCUCCAAGCUGUCCAAAAACCCUAUCUGGAACUGCGCCGGGAUCGCAGCGAUUGCCGCCAUGAAAAUGCUCAACAUCCGUUCCGUUGGCCUCUCUCUAUCCCUCGAGAAGGGCCUCCCCUUGGGGAGCGGCCUCGGAUCCAGCGCAGCCAGCGCCGCAGCCGCCGCCGUGGCAGUGAACGAGCUGUUCGGCGGGAAGCUGGAUUCGAGGGAAUUGGUCCUGGCGGGGCUCGAAUCGGAGGCUAAAGUAUCCGGGUACCACGCAGACAACAUCGCCCCGGCGAUAAUGGGAGGGUUCGUGUUGAUCCGGAGCUACGAUCCGCUCGAAUUGAUGAGGCUGGAGUUCCCGGCGGACAAGGAAUUGCUUUUCGUGCUGGUGAGCCCUGAAUUCGAGGCGCCGACGAAGAAGAUGAGGGCGGCGCUGCCAUUGGAGAUCGCGAUGCCGCACCACGUGUGGAAUUGCAGCCAGGCGGGAGCGCUGGUGGCGUCGAUAUUGGGAGGGGAUCUGGCCGGGCUGGGGAAGGCUCUAUCGUCGGACAAGAUCGUGGAGCCGAAGAGGGCUCCCCUGAUUCCGGGGAUGGAAGCUGUGAAGAAGGCGGCUUUGGAGGCUGGGGCGUUCGGGUGUACGAUCAGCGGUGCAGGGCCGACGGCGGUGGCGGUGGUGGAAGGGGAAGAAAGAGGGGAAGAGGUCGGGAGGAGGAUGGUGGAGGCUUUUCGGAGAGAAGGGAACUUGGAAUCGGUGGCUAUGGUGAAGCGGCUGGAUCGAAUUGGUGCCAGGCUUGUGAGUAGCGUGGCAAGAUGAUGGCUGGUAUUGUUUUUUUUCCCUCUUUCUCUUUAGGGUUCUAAGUGAAUUUGCUGUAAUGUAAUGUGGGAGGAGAUGAUAGGUUGAUGAACAGUGUGAUCUGGUUCUGCAAUGACGGCCUUAUGUAUUUAGCUAGUUAGUUGUUCAUGUUCUAAGCGAUGAUGAGAUGAAAGAACCCUUUGUUCCUUAUGUUAAUAAGCAACAACGGAUGGAUUCCUGAGUCUGUCGUAUUGAGAUUGAAUUACUUGUUAGAAGCAGUAGGAGACUGAGAGACACAUUGCAAGAAGGUGACUGGGUUUUAGGUUGGUGCAACAACUUACUGAUAUUACCCAUAAACACAAACACGAGGUGAUCUUUUGCCACUCAAUCAAUCUGCUUUUUUUUUCUUCUGGGACCUACUCUGGGAUUUGGAUGGAUAUGAUUUGCACGUCACAAUAUAUGCAGAGAGAAAGAUAUCAUUGUUGGACGGGGGACUGAUGAGAAAUGGGUAGGUGGUGUUACCUUCUGUUUAGCAUCUACUACCCAAAUUGCUCUAAUGUUUUGGAUUUCUGGUGAAUCAUGUGAAUUAAACUCCAGUGGUAUUGUGCAGACGAAAAUACAAAACACCACCAACCCAACAAAACACCAGAGUGAAGAUUGUCACAAUCCCUCUCCUUCCCCAGUUAUGUUUUUGUUUGGUUUAUCGAAACCUCGAUCCUCUGCUGCUUGCAGCGCAUCGAUUGGGCCGGUGAUUUGAUUAACUGCUAACCCCUUGGAUGGAUGAUGGAUGCUAUUAACCUCCCUAUCUCACAACAACCACCACUCUCCACCUCCCCACCUCUUGCUCAAGAAAUACUCUCUAAAGCACAACCUAUUCCUGGAAGAGAAGAACUCUAAAGGCGAGCACAUUGGAGGUGCCGCUUGUCGCUUGAGGGAGGAGCUUCACGGGGUGUUCAAUUGAGAGAGCUCUACGUCCGCCAUUGUAGUAACUUGGAAUCGGUGGUGACAAAAUUGUCCCGAACCCGCCCUACUAGUGGGUAUAAUGGAUUCAGAGUCUUGGAUAGACAGAGAUAGUGAGGCGACGCUGGACUACCUUUUAGGUUUUUAAUAUGCAGUAGCAUUUUGUAUGUAAUAAUGGUUUAGUAGUGAUUUAUUGCAAUGAGUAUUGUUUUUUUUAUAUAACUAUUUUUUCCUAGUUAUGCUAGUAUUUUCAGUUUGUAGUGUUUUUGUCACGACUGUUUUAUGUGGAUAAGGAAAUACGAGGACUCAACAAUGCAAGAAACGAAAGCGCAAACACACACACACGACCCACGAUUUACAUGGUUCAUUAACACAAUAUAUGUUAGCUAAUCCACGGGCAGGAGAGAGUCAGUUUCACUAUACUCCGAGAAUAUACAGAUUACAGAGGAGUAUGAGAAGUAUUUAUAGUACUUCUCCUAGAUCUAACCCUAAUCCAAUAUGGUAAAAGAAAAGCGGUUACAACCAGACCCAGAACACGAACUCAAAUAACAUUGAGCCCCAAUGACUUCCAGUCGUAGCGGCUGAUAGUCCGAUUCAAGUCACAUCAACAGUUUUCUUUAUAGUUUUCAAUAAUGAUUAUUAAUCUGU